UCUGUAGUCGAUGUCCGCGACGAUGACUACAUCGGCGGCCAUAUCAAGGGCUGCAUCAACGUUCCCUCGCGUUCGCUCGACGCCAUGAUGCCCUCUCUCGUCCGCCGACUACAAGACAAAAAGACUGUCGUCUUCCAUUGUGCUCUUUCCCAGCAACGAGGGCCCAGCGCUGCGCUGCAGUACUUGCGGGAGCGCAACCAGAUCGUCAAGCCGGGGACAGGGGCGGCCGACGUCAACCUGAACCAGACCGUUUACGUCCUCGACCGGGGGUUUGUCGGCUGGCAGGAAACAUAUGGCGAGGAUGAACGCCUGACCGAAGGCUACGUCAAGGAACUAUGG